GCACGCAGGCGCAACUUCAUGCCGGCUCUAGGACCCCGCGGACGCUUGGUGGGCCGCUCCGCAGUGCCUAACUGAGUCUAGGCCGCCUGAGUCACCGGCCCCGCCCUACGGAGCCGGACGCGGGCAGAGGCUCGGGAGCAGGACCGACGGACCGACCGACCGGAGGAUCGGAAUCUUAAUUUGCAGCCAUGUUCCUGGUUAACUCGUUCUUGAAGGGAGGCGGUGGCGGAGGAGGCGGGGGCCUGGGCGGGGGCCUGGGGAACGUGAUCGGAGGUCUGAUCAGCGGAGCCGGAGGUGGUGGAGGAGGCGGUGGCGGCGGCGGCGGCGGCGGCGGUGGCGUCGGAGGAGGCGGUGGCGGAACUGCCAUGCGCAUUCUGGGCGGGGUCAUUAGUGCCAUCAGUGAGGCAGCUGCACAGUACAACCCGGAGCCUCCGCCUCCACGCACCCAUUACUCCAACAUUGAAGCCAAUGAGAGUGAGGAGGUCCGUCAGUUCCGGAGGCUCUUUGCCCAGCUGGCUGGAGAUGACAUGGAGGUCAGCGCCACAGAACUCAUGAACAUUCUCAACAAGGUCGUAACCCGACACCCUGAUCUGAAAACUGAUGGCUUUGGCAUUGAUACGUGUCGCAGCAUGGUGGCCGUGAUGGAUAGUGACACCACCGGCAAAUUGGGCUUCCAAGAAUUCAAGUACUUAUGGAACAACAUUAAAAAGUGGCAGGCCAUCUACAAACAGUUUGACGUUGACCGUUCAGGUACCAUCUGCAGCAGUGAACUCCCAGGGGCCUUUGAGGCAGCAGGGUUCCACCUGAAUGAACAUCUCUACAACAUGAUCAUCCGACGCUACUCGGAUGAAGGAGGGAACAUGGAUUUUGACAACUUCAUCAGCUGCCUGGUCAGGCUGGAUGCGAUGUUCCGGGCCUUCAAAUCUCUUGACAAGGAUGGCACUGGACAAAUUCAGGUGAACAUCCAGGAGUGGCUGCAGCUGACGAUGUAUUCCUGAACGGGAACCCCAGACUUGUCCCCUUAUCGCCUCGCUAUGGGAGUCACCUCGGAUUCCUCCGUCUCUCCCAGGGCUGAGCCAGGCUGCAGUCUCAUCUUCAUGGAUCCUGCUGACCCGCAGGUCUUUUGGUUCCCCCAGCCCUUGGCACUCGGCUUUUCAGUCAACGGCCAGGGCCCAACAUGCCCCAACGUGCCAUGCCCCGAGUUACCCAUGGCUCUGAGACUCUCUAUCACACCCUGCCCUGAGGAUCACCCCAUCCCUGACACAGCCAUCCCAUAUCCACUCCAUACCGUCUCUUACGCACCUGUGCCAAACCCAACCCUUAUGUUGCUUCCAUACCCUAGGGGCCAUUCUCUUGGUUCCGGGAGGGUCACUCUAUACACUCUGGCACACCUGCUCAGAGUCACCACCCUGGCAGCCAAACUCUAGGCCGGAACAGGCCCGGGCGCCCCCGUGCCUUCAUCUGCACUCUGCUCUCAGCCUUCCAGGUCCAGGAGGAAAUAAAAGCAUCCCGAUUGCUGCUCUCUCUGA